AUGGACAGUGACAACAGUCAGAAUGGCGAGACAAAGGUUGCCUUCCAAAACAGAGAGGGCUCAGUACCUGGUCUCACUACGGUCCCAACAUCGGUGACCCUGUCAGCCGAGCAAUUUGAGAGGCUCUAUCUGACUCCCAUGACGGUCCGCCAGUCAUCACUAUCCAAGCAAGUUGGAAAUCCGACACCUUUAGCACUAGGGGGCUUUGUUAUUACUACGACCCCCCUUUCGUGCUGCUUGAUGGCUUGGAGAUCUGCCAGUGGAAAUGGUGUUGCCUUCACUGGGCCUAUCGUCUUCCUUGGUGGUCUUUUGUUGCUCAUCACAAGUAUUCUUGAGUUCAUUCUCGGAAAUACAUUCCCCUGUGUCGUAUUUGGUACUAUUGGCGGAUUCUGGUUUGCAUUUGCAGCUACAAUGAUCCCCUCCUUCAAUGCGGCCGCUCCCUAUUCCUCGUCAACCACUGAUACAGCUGCCGGGCUCGCCAGCACGGGCUUCAUGAAUACCUACGCAUUCCUAUUCAUAACUAUGGCGGUCCUAAUGUUGAUCUUCAUGAUUUGCGCAACACGCACCAACGUGGGGGCGGGAGCUUCACUGUUUGUCGCUAGUCUGCUCGGUUUCUACCUGUUGAUUGUUCAGCUGUUUGAAGCCUUGGGAUUCCCAUUUCAUUUGCCAGUUGGAGACUUGGCUUCACUUUGGACUCGCAACCAAGACAAGGGCGAGCGAUGCGAUGUCGAAGAGGCCGCUAGCGUUCGCGACAGUUGA